AUGGCUCUGGCACUCGUCCGCUUCGCAUGCCCUUUCGAGAACGCCUGGGGCAAUACGACACAGCAUCUUCGCAUCAUCAACAGCGGAGACGCACAUGAUCAAACGACAUGGGGAUACGGUGAACCGAAGAUCGCGCUGGACGUCUUGCAGGCUACUGGAAUGCCGCGUAUAAGCAAGGUGGACGUUGCAUUCAUGCUGCAUGCCCCACCGGACGAUCCAGGAUGCAAACGAGACAUCACCGCAUGUAUGCUGUCGCUGAUGCCGAUCGCCAAUGUUGCGGACUUUGUGUUCUCGGUCAACAAUUCGGACACAUGGCGGAACCUGGUCAUCGCUAUAUUCACGCGGGUGGUGGAGGAGGUAUUUGACAGGGCUCCUGGUGAAGGAGUGGUAUCGUAUCCUGGAGAAACCAGUGGCUCGCGCUCCAGACCAAUAACGAUAUACGCAGUUGCGCCGGAUCAGUGA